AUGACAAAGAGCCGGCUCUUAUAUCACGCCCUGUUGAUCGGGUUGGCAGCGACCGGAUCGUUGGCCAAAGCUGCGCUGCAUGAUGAUGUCAACACGCCAGGCUCGCGGGCUGAAGAGAAGGUUACGGAGGCGGCGCGGGCCGUAAUCUGGGAACGGGUUGAGUACGUCGUGGUGGAGAGAGAGGUCACGCCGAGGAGGGUUAUACUCGAGAGGAUACCAGUGUCGACGGCACCAGCGGAAGGCGCAGCACCGGCAUUGAGGAUACCCGAGCCCACCGCGGCUCCGAGGAAACGUCAGAAUGACGGGCAGAUACAAGCACUAUCCGGCGAGAUACAGAGGCUUUCCAUCUCCUUCUCGUCCGUGUCUUCGGCAAGCCAGUCCAUCUCGCAGUCCGCACAGCAAGUCCAACAGUCUGCAGACCAGGCAGCCCGAGAGGCGAGCCAGGCGAUAUCGCGCACGCAAUCCUCGGCAACCAGCGCCGUAGCACAGGCAAGUCAGCAGGCCAAUGACCGGAUCGCCCAGGCGAGCUCCUCGUUCAGCUCCUCGAUGAAUAGCCAGAUCUCUGUCAACCUGGCAAGUGUCCAGGCAAGUGCGAGCCGUGCGGUCAGCGCUGCUCAGGCCGAAGCCAGCUCGAGCAUGGCGAGUGCGGUUAAUGUGGCCAUGAGCCAGAUCCAGCAGGCAAAAGCCGAGGCUACUGCCGUUAAGGGAGACGCAACCAAUUUUGCCGACCAGGUCCAGAAGAAUGCGGUAUCUACUACAAACCUGGCAAUCAUCGUAGCCGUGUCUGUGAGUGGUGCCGUCAUCCUCACGUCCGUCAUGGCCUGUCUCUGCCUCCGCUACCGCCGGAAGCGGGCAGCUCGGAAGGCCAUAGACGCCUACCCAGACGAGAAGGACUAUGACAAGACAGUCGCUGUUCGCGGCUCGCCUGGAACGUCACGCUUCAACCCAUUCAGCGGCGGAACAUAUCCGAUGGACAAGCUGAAACUUCCCGUCUUCAGCGCUCGCUCCCCGAAGAAGCCGGAGCCCCUGAACUUUGGGUUUGCUGUGAGUGACUACAGCGACUUGAAAGACAAAACAACAAUAUCCACCAACGAGAAGAAGUCAGAGUCAGCUGGAGGUCCCAAAGACGUAUACGGGGUGUCGCCCGCCAGCUUCCGCCUUCAGAAGCCGCCGAGCGUCCAGAACGCCGAGACGGUGCGGUUGAUCCGGGUAAACAGUGUAAAGAAUAAGGAGCAAGGCACUGCGAAGGCCGCCGAGGCAGCCCCUCCGAUGCCUCAGUCCCAGCGGCCGUCACAGCCUGACCAGGGAGCUCCGAACGCAGCCAUGACCGAGCAGUCGGCGGUAAGCCGCAAGCCUGUCGCCGUUGAGACGGAGCAGCGCCUCCGUCAAGACAAGGGUAACGCGGUGGUCGCAACACCCAUCGCCAAGCCGUCUCGGGAUAAUAGACCGAGAGAACCGGCGGCGGCGUCCGAGAUGGACGCAAAACCCGCUGAGAGCAAGACCCGGAACACCAUGACCUCCGAGGCCGGCGACAUGGCGAGAGCCAGUAGCCGCUACACCAUGUUCUCGACGGCCAGCACGGAGCUGGACGACCCGCGGGAGAGCAAGCGCUACACCAUGACGCCGGACGCCGCCGCAACCGCGACCGAGGAGCCCGGGUGGCGGCCGCCCAGCAGCCGGGCGAGCCGGGCGCUGAGCACGGCGCAGCGGCUCGCCUUCCGCGACAGCGACGAGCCGGAGCCGCUGCCGGCGCCGGUCCCGGUUCCGGCCCCGGCCCCGCGGGCCUUCAGCAUGGCCAGCGUGAGCAGCCUGAUGCGCUCGGACAGCAUCGACGCCACCAAGCAGCCGACGAUCCCCAAGAUCCCGCGCCAGGGCCCCAGCUUCGCGGCGUUCCCGACGGUGCGCGACGGCACGCCGUCCAUGGUCAACCGGCCGCGGCCCGCGCUGGUGAACCGCAUCCGCGAGGACGCCGAGCGGCGGCGGCGCGAGCUCGAGGCGCGAGACGCGGGGGAGCGCCGAGAUGUUCAAGGUCGGGCUGGAGGGUUGAGUAAGGGAGGACUUUCUUUAAUGGAUGGGUGUCUUGUCAUCGUCUGA